AACAGCAGGGUAUUAUAUUCAUGUACAUUCAAUUUGCUCUGGAAGUGUCCUUUCAGAUAUUUAGUCAGUGGUUGGGUCUGUGACAUACUUACACCAGAACAUAAUGUGAUGGCAAGAUAAGAAGGCUCAGAGGGAUCUUUCAAUGAUUAAGGAAUGCCAAAGAAUAGCAUCAAUACAAACCAGAUGCCCUGCAUUCUUCAGUGGCUUAUGUACAUCGAAGAGCUUGGUGUUUUGAUUUUCCAAGUCCACAAGCCAUCAGGGGGUCGUCCUUAAACUUUGGGAAACUUAAGGCCUCAUGUCUUAUUGCUGAGAGCGAUUGAAAACUAACAAUGGCUGUAGCAACUCGCAUGACAUCAAUUGAUAGCUUGAAGGCUGCAAACCAGCAUGAGGACAGUGCUCCACACUGGUUCAAUCCAGAACGCUUCGUGGAGCCACAGUUCGAUGCAGAGACCUACGUCGCUGAUCUGCGAAGAUACGUCCCCUUGGAAGCUCUCAGCUCGGAGCUGGAGGCACAUCUGCAGGUGCUGCGCAACAGGCUGGUGGAGGUCAUCAACGAGCACUAUGGGGACUUCGUCAGCCUCAGUUCCAAGCUCGUCAACGUCGACAGCGCCGUCAUCCGCAUGCAGAAGCCCCUGACGGAAAUAAAGGAAAAGCUGUUGGGUGUGCGUGGGGAGGUGACAGCAGCGUUGGAUGCACUGAGAGAGGGGCUGGAGCGGCGGCAGAGUGUGGCCUCUGCCAAGGCCCUGCUGGAGCUGAUGCAGGACACUGCCCAUGUCAUGUCCAAGGUGGAGAAGCUGCUGGCAGAGAUCCAAGCGAUGGAGGGGCAGUCCCCCGAGAAGCCAGGCCCCGUGGGCCGGGGCGGGCUGGACGGCCGGGUGCGCAUGUUUGAGCGGCUGGCCUCCGAGGUCGCCCGCCUCAACUUCUAUGCCGUGCGCGGAAAGGAGCUGGCAUUUGUGGAGCAGCUGGAGCCGCGCAUGGGGGCAGCUGCACAGCGGCUGCAGCAGCUUCUCUCAGACGCGCUGGCGCAGGCGCUCAGAGAAGGGAACUCCCCUGCGCGCGCCCACUGCCUCCAGGCCUUCUCCGCCGUCGGCGACGCCGCCAGCGCCGAGCAGAUUGUGCGCAAGGUGCUGGGGGGUCCACUGGUGGAGGGCUGCAUCUCAGCAGUGCAAGCAUCCAAGAGCGGCGCACCUGCAGCCGGCACCAGUGACAACUACAUCCAGGUGUUGGAGCGGUUGGCAGAGGCUGUGAGGGAGCAGGUGGGGCCUGUUUUGGCGGAUACCCUGAGUGACCAGGCCGGCCUGCACACCUUCAACUUCCUGGCCAACUCCGUGCUGCAGGAAGCCGACGCGCAGAUGGCCGCUGCCUUCCCAGGCGCGUUUUCAGUGGGCGUCCCACAGAAGUUUGUGGGCAACUAUCGGGCUGCGCAGGCGUUCCUGGGUGCUCUGGAGGCCCUGUGCCGGGACCGCCGCGGUCUAACAACCCUGCGUGACAGCGAUGCCUAUGCCUCCUUCCAGGGCCGCUGGAAGCUGUCUGUCUACUACGGGCUGCGCUUCCAGAACAUUGCCGGAGGUUUGGACGCGGCAGUCUCGGCGCCGGCGCUCGAGGCCGCCUCGGCAGCGGCGGAUCUGCCCAACCCCCUGAGUCUGCACCUGCGCCCCACGCUGGCCCUGCACCACAGCCUCAACAGGCAAGCCCCUUCCUCACUCGAUACCCAGUGCAUUGCGGAUGACGUGUGGCUGCAGCCGCUGGCGGACAAGUUCGCGCGGCUGGCGCUGCAGCUGCUCGCGCGUUUCGCCGCCUGGCUUGCCGCCGGCAUGGUCGCCCGCUCCGGCACGCCGGCCGCCCCGGCCGCCGAUGACUCAGACCCGGCACAGCCCUCUCCCUCGGCUGGGGGCACAUGGGCGGUGGGUGCCAAGGCGGACGUGCUGUGCUCAGUUCGGGCGGACACCGAUGUGCUGCUGCACUGGGUCGACUCCGACUAUGUGGACCAGCUCACACAGCUCAUGCCCUUCCUGCCUGCCGAGGUGAGGGGGGCGCUGAGGGAGGGGACAUCGGCGGUGGCGGCGCAUGCGGCGGCGGUGGUGCGGGCGGUAAUUGAUGAGCUGGCAGAUGCAUGCGCGGGCGUCCUCAAGCAGCUGCGAGGCAUUACUGCCACCUACAGGAUGACGACGCGGCCGGCGCCGACCAAGGCGAGCCAUUAUGUGGCCGGGAUCCUGAGUGGCCUCAGAAGCUUCCUGGACGGCCAAGCCGCCGGCCGGCUGAGCCCGGACGCGCGCGCGGAAAUCGCACAGGGGGUGAUUGCAGGGGUGACGCAGCGAUUCGCGAACCAGGCAGGGGAGUUAUUGGAAAACCUGCGCAAGACCGAGUCCAGCCUCAAGCGCCUCAAAAAGAGCCGAGCAGGGGACGCUGCUGCAGACGGGCCGGGAGCCCUUUCGGACGCUGACAAGGUCAACGUGCAGCUCUUCCUGGACGCUCAGGAGUAUGGAACCCACGUCAAGAAGUUUGGGGUGGAUCCCACCGGCUUGCCUGCCUACUUGGAGCUCUGGAAUGCUGUGGCGCCACCAGAGCGCAGAGAUGCCGUACAAUAAGGAUUGCCUGAUCCGUAAAUGUUUCAGGUUGUUGACAAUUGUGCUUGCAUGCUAGCAGCGCUGGAGGAUGCUGAUAUCUACAAUGUGCAAUGGGAGGUUCAAUGUGGGUGACCAAAUAGUAAUGACAGUGGGGAACUGCUGGAUCCACAAAGGGCGCCAUUACAAGCGGGCCUUGCAUUCUAAUUUGAGCACACAAGGGCGCAUGUACCUCACUUCAUUGAGGGCUCUGUUGCAAAAUAUUUAUUCCAC